AUGAACAUUCGAUUUCAAUUAUUAUUCACUAGUCCAAAUUAUCACCUGAAAUUAAAUCUUCCAUUGACAUCAAAAUCAAUGUUUCUUCAUCGUUGUAUUCAUUUGAUAAAACCCAAUGUCAAUCGAAUUAUUUCACUUUCUCUAUCGCAUUAUUUAACUACAAAUCAUUUUCUUAAUUCAUUUUCAAUCGAUUCGUUUAUUCAUCUCGAAACAUUAAAUCUCAUCGGUGUAUCGUCAACAAAUCUCAUUCUACUUCUUACUCGUCUUGCAACAUUAUCUCGAUUCGUCUCUCUUUCUAUUACUUGUAUCGACAAUUGGAAAAAUGCAUAUGUCAUAUAUCAAUGUAUUUUUCGUCUACCAAAAAUUAAAUAUUGUAAAUUAACAUUUUUAAAUCAUGGUGAUCGUAAUCCAAUACCAUAUGCAAUUGACAAACAAGAUCAAUGUCAAACACUCGAAUAUCUUAUCAUCGAUAGUUGGUAUAGUCUCAGUCAAAUCAAUGCUGUUCUGACUUAUACACCUCGAUUGACGCAUCUAUUUUGUCGACUUGCGUGGGCACUUUGUAGUAACAUCGCCGAUGGACCCGCAGUACUUCUUCAUUUGACACAUCUUACUGUCGAUUUUUACCAGCUUUCAUUCAAUGAAUUUGAAAUAUUUCUAAUAAAAAUGUCUCGUCAAUUGAUAUUCUUACGUUUGACGGCAUCAUGGAAUGGAACAUUUUUUUCUUCGGAUCGUUGGGAACAAUUAAUUUUAAAUCAUAUACCUCAUUUACGUACAUUUGAUUUUCAAUAUAACAUAUCACCUGAGUGUCCCAUCGAUGAUGAUAUUACGAAUUUCAUACCAACCGAUCGAUUUAUCUCGACAUUUUGGUCGAAUCGAAAUUGGUUCUUUAAAUAUCAAUAUUGGCCAGAUAAUAAUGAUGAUGAGCCGUUUCCAAUAGUCUUCUAUUCGACUCAUCCAUAUAGAAGAAAACAUUAUGAAUUGAUUGAAUGUAUUGAUGAUGAAGAUAUUGAAAUCAAUUCGGCUUCUCAUCUUACCAUUCGACAACAAAUGAACACGAUUACAUGUUCAAGUCACUUUCCAAACAUCACCAAACUUACUCUAAAUGCUAACUUUCUAGAUAAGAAUGGUCAAUUUAUUCGCGAUAUUAAUCGUAUUAUUUCAAUAUCAAAACUCAAAUAUUUAUUGCUGGACGAACAAGAACUUUGUAUUGAUCAACUCAUUGAACUUCUAACAUUUACAUCAAAUAUUCAUUCUUUAACAUUUGCUCAAAUGUUUUUUCUCGAUUUUCAUCCUUUAUCUAUCGAACAAACGGAUAUGAUUCAUUCAAUAUCAAUGAAAAAUAAAAUUACUGAAUUGAACAUCGAACAUGGUUGUACACUUGAACAUCUUAAAUUUUUUAUUAAUCUUUGUCCUCGUUUACAACAUUUGACAAUUGGUAUUAGUGAAAGUUUAUUGGAAUCAAUUCUGAAAUUUUUAUUAUCAAACAAAGAUUCGAAUCUCUUCUCAUUACGCAUUCUGAACAUGAACAAAGAAACAAUCAAUGAAAUUAUUCGUCGUGAAAUACUUCUCGAAAAUUAUUCCAUUGAACAUGAAAACAGUGCAAUACAUUUAUGGUGGUAA